GUGAUCCGCAGCGAGCUGUUUCACUAUGGGCCAUCUGGACAGAACAUUACGCUGGACAAUCUGCAGCAACAUUUGGCCAUGUCGCUGCAGAAAGCAAACAAAGAGGACGGUUGCACAGCAUCGAUGGCUGGAGUGGAGCUUGCGAAACAGCUGAUGUCAUGCACGCUCUGUGGUUGGGAACGGGGCGCGACUGCGUCGGAAGUUUGUUGCUUGACAUGGCCGAGUACUGGGAUCGAUGCAAGCCAUUGGCAACCUACGAUGAAAGGCUCCUAGUCAUUUUGCACGAUUUUCAUGCCUGGUGUCGAGAAAGCGGCGCACGCCCAUCCGCAGUAGAUGAAAUGAGUAUCUUCCAUCAACAUCAUUAG